AUGUUACAUGAGCAAUGGGCAAGGAGGCUACAACAAAGGAUAUUACAAUUACAAAGCCAACCCAGCCAUGUCAUAAGAAACACUGAUGUUGCUAACCCUCAAGACCAGGUCUACCCUCAACAACAGCAAGCUCGAUCGAGUCAAGCCCCACAACAUGGGUAUGGUCCAAAAAACAACUACCAAGGCCCUCAAGGGACUUUUCCUGGUCAGCAAAUGCACAUACCACCUGGCUUUCCCCACCAACCACCCCAGCCUGCACCUACACCUGAGCAUGAGCUCAAGGCUAUGUUGAAACAAUUGCUCCAAGGUCAAGCUGAUGGUGUUGUGGACACAAGCAAGAAGUUGGCUGAAAUCAACUCCAAGAUUGAGAAUCUCAACACAAGAGUGUACUCUCUGGAGAAUCAUGCUUCUUCUGUUGCUGCUGCUACAAAGCAAGGACAACUACCUGGUAAAGCAUUCAGAACCCCAAGGAACAGUGCAAGGUCAUCUUCACUCAAGAAGGCUUGA